ACUCGGCGUGGUUAAAGUUUUGAAGGCAGCGGGAGGCAGCGCUCCGGGAAAGGAAGCCAACUGGAGGAGCUCACCCUCCUGAGCCGCAGACCCAGCAGACCCAGCAGAGCUGAGCUGACUCGCAGGGUUACAGGCACAAGGCAGGCAUUCUGACUCUCUCCAAACACUGGCUGUGGCCCUGGCCUCAGCUGCCUCUACAAUGUGGAACCCGCUCCUCCACGUCGGGACUAGAGCUUUAAAAUAAAAUGGAUGAUCUGACGUUACUUGAUCUUCUGGAGUGCCCUGUGUGCUUCGAAAAGCUUGAUGUCACAGCCAAAGUCCUCCCUUGCCAGCACACCUUCUGCAAACCAUGUCUUCAGAGGAUUUUCAAGGCCCACAAGGAGCUGAGGUGCCCCGAAUGCAGGACCCUGGUGUUUUGCAGCAUAGAGGCACUGCCGACCAACCUGCUGCUGGUGCGUCUCCUGGAUGGUGUGCGCUCUGGUCCGAGCUCUGGGCGAGGGGGAUCCUUCCGCAGGCCUGGAGUGCUGACCUCACAGGACAGCAGGAAGAGCAGGACCAGCCCUAGAAGUCUGCAGGGCAGCCCUUUCCGGCUGGUGCCCAACAUCAGAAUCCACAUGGAUGGGGUACCUCGAGCAAAGGCCUUAUGCAACUACAGAGGUCACAACCCUGGUGACUUGAGGUUUAAUAAGGGAGAUGUCAUCCUGCUCCGGAGACAGCUGGAUGAGAACUGGUACCAGGGAGAGAUCAAUGGCGUCAGCGGGGUCUUCCCAGCCAGCUCCGUGGAGGUCAUCAAGCAGCUGCCCCAGCCGCCCCCACUCUGCAGGGCCCUCUACAACUUCGACCUCCGAGACAAGGGCAAGAGUGACAGCAAGGACUGCCUGACUUUCCUCAAGGAUGACAUCAUCACUGUGAUCAGCCGAGUGGAUGAGAACUGGGCUGAAGGCAAGUUAGGAGAUAAAGUAGGCAUCUUCCCUAUCUUGUUUGUAGAGCCAAACCUCACUGCAAGACACCUCCUAGAAAAGAACAAAGGAUGUCAGUCAUCCUGCACAAAAACGCUGUCCCUGGCAUCCUCAUCCCCCAGAAGCAAGACAGCCAAUACGCCUACACUCCGUAGGGUUCCGGGGUCCAGGAGGAAGGGACCUGGGCAGUUCUCCAUUACAACAGCCUUGAACACUCUCAACCGGAUGGUCCACUCUCCUUCGGGGCGCCACAUGGUGGAGAUCAGCACCCCAGUGCUCAUCAACUCCAGCAACCCCUCUGUGUUCACCCAGCCCUUGGAGAAGGCAGACUUCUCUCUCAACUCUGCUGGACAGGUCAGCAUUUAUCAUCCUGCACCUGCCUCUUCGGGACAUUCCAUGACUAUGGUCAGUCUGCCCAGCUCCCAGCAACACCUGUCAGCUAACAUGUUUGUGGCCCUGCACUCCUACUCAGCCCAUGGACCCAAUGAGCUGGACCUGCAGAAAGGAGAAGGUGUCAGGGUCCUGGGGAAGUAUCAGGAUGGUUGGCUGCGGGGCGUCUCCUUGGUCACUGGGCGAGUCGGCAUCUUCCCAAACAACUACGUCAUCCCCAUUUUCAGAAAGGCCUCUAGUUGUCCAGAGUCCCAGAGCCCUGGUGUCUACACUACAUGGACAUUAUCCACCUCUUCUGUGUCGUCCCAAGGCAGCGUUUCAGAAGGUGACCCACAGCAAAGCCGUCCUUUCAAAUCGGUCUUCGUGCCCACAGCCAUAGUCAACCCAGUGAAGAACACAGCUGGCCCGAGAGCUUCAGGCCAAGGAUCCUUCCGGAAGGGACGGGGCAGCAUGAGAAAGAGUAAGUGGUGGCAGAGAGAUGGGUCCCUGCAGAGACCGGCCCAGUCCAGGAUCCCCACCCUUGUGAUGGGCUCCCUCAGACGCAACCCCACCGUAGUGGCCGGGCCUCAGCAGUUCCAAUUCUACCAGCCACAGGGAGUCUCCUCCUCCCCCUCCAUGGAGAUGGGGCUCAAGCCUGCUUCCUCCACCGGGGAGCCUGCCCCCACCUGCAUCAGCAGAGGCAGUGAAACCAGGGUCCACUCGGCAGCCAGUUCUCUCAUUGUGGAAGGCAAAGAAGUCCCCACCAAGAGCGAACCUCCACCGAAGCCACCUGCAUCUGCCCCUCCAUCCAUCCUAGUGAAACCAGAAAACUCAAAGAAUGGCACCGAAAAGCAAGUAAAAACCGUGAGAUUCCAGAAUUACAGCCCUCCUCCCACCAAACAUUACACCUCCCAUCCCACCUCUGCGAAGCCUGAACAGCCAGCCACCCUCAAGGGAUCUCAGCCCGAAGCAGCCUCCUCAGGCCCAGAGAUGACCGUCCUGUUUGCACACCGAAGCGGCUGCCACUCCGGACAACAGACAGACUUCCGAAGAAAGUCAGUGUUUGGCAAGGCCACAGCCCCAGUGCCCACAGCCUCCACCACACAGAUCACAUUUCCCAGCAAAUGAAUCUAUAGGUGGCUUUUCCUAGAAUCCACAGAGGCGGAUUGCAUUUAAAUACAGUGUGCUUCUACUGAGGACAGCCUGCUAUUCUUUGGGGACUCGGUCUGCUCACUUUUACCUCCAAGAAAGGGAAGGCAGGAGCAGGAAUUCCUGCCCUGGGUAUAGAGGCCUCCUGUACACAACGAAUCCAUGCAGCAAGGCCCACUGCUCAGACCGAGGGUUAGGGGAGUGUCGUGUCCUCUUUGUCCUCCAGAAUUUCUCCAGUACAGAGUGUGGCUCCUCGUCUGUGUUCCAUGCACAAUUUCUGUGGUGUCCUAAAAGGGGCUUCAACCAGAAGUGUGGCGAGGUGGGAUGGCUGCACCUUUUAAUGUGGUUGCCAUUUUCUCUUCUUGCCACAUUAGAACAGCUUCUGCCGUCUUCUGAGGCCUACACAAGGCCACUGUCACACCUCCACAGAAUCAUAAUCAUGGUGUGACAUGGAUACUUUGAGCACUCACUACAACUUCCCGAGUUUGUACUGAACAACGUGAGAAAGGUGACCAUGAAAUAUCAAAUUAUCAUACUUUAAUCUCACUCUGUUUCCCAACAUAUAAUCCUAUAUAAUAGAUGAGCAGAAAGCACAGAACUACCGAUACACGUGUUAGGGACGAUUCAUACAUCCUCCCCACAAAACAUGGUGUGCUUAAAAACAGCCUUAAAUAGGGGCUCCAUUUAGGUAUAUUUUCUUGUUUAAAGAGGAACAUUUUUGCUUUCCCUGACUUCUCUCUUAAGGCAGACUGGUCAUCUCCCCAACAAGGCACCAAUGACAGUGAGAAUGUGAGAGCGGGGGACAUAGCUCAGUGGCACAAACGCCUGCCUGGCAACCCAGCAAGUGUGAGGUCAUGGGUUUAAUGCCCAGUACUAGAGAGAGAGAGAGAGAGAGGAUCUAGCAGUCCAAGGCUGGGAGGAAAUACUUCUCAGAGGAAAACUGUUAUCAAAGGGACCGAACAAAGAAGCUCAGAGAAAAAUGGGGAGAAAGAAGGAAGAAAACAAGAGGGAGAGUGGAAAAAAUAUGGGAGAAGGGGAAGAGAUGAGAGUAUGACAGAAAGAUGACCAUGCCUGGGGAAAAGAUAAAAGACUCACUGCAGGGAGGCAUCUUGGACAUUCCCAACAAGGACAGUAGAAAGGACAGGCUCAGGAAUGAAUAAAGGGACAAAACUAGGUGGCCCCACACAGAAGGGGCAGAAGUGGGCAGGACCAGCCAGGCAGAGCUUGUGAACAGCACUGAGGAGGCAUCGCAGGGAGCCAAGGCCAUGCUGUAAGACAACCCAUUCAUUCUCAUUAAACUUAAUUAUUGUGAUUUAACCUUCA